CAUAGUAUACUAUAUCAGAGUGGGACUGCGAGGGGGGUGUGUGUAUGCGAGUGUGUGUGUGUGUGCCAGUGUGUACCGUUCCCACCUGCCUAGCAAUACAUUUCCCAAACACACAUCGGCUGAGUCGCACGUUAUAAACGUAAAACUGUUGAAAGUUUCAUGGAAAUGAGUUCCGUCAGCCAGGAAACCGAAACGGCCGCAACCAAUGGUGAAUCAUCAUCAUCAUCAGGUGGUUCCGAUUCCGCCACAGCUGGCGAUUAUAUGCGACAAUUUCGGAACAUCAUUGCGCCGGGCAAUGAGACAUCCAUGACCAGAGAGUUCAAGCCCCAAGUAGCCUAUGAAUUCGAGCGUUAUGCAAAUCCCCAGCAGCUGAAACAAUUUGUGUUACGUAGCGAAAAGAUGCGCAAAUUGCUGGAGCAUUAUGCACGGGAAACCAAACAGCCGAUGCGUCAGUUGGAACAGCAGGCCAGGGCCAUAAUCGAUGAGAUUGGCUUGGAUCGUAAUAUGGCAAUAAUACGAUGGUGUGGCAUUGCCAUUACCGCAAUUGGUAAACGCAUCUGUGAUGGCAUCUAUGUCAACUCCACGAGCAUGGCCAAUGUGCGCAAGGAUAUGGGCCAUUGUCCUGUUCUUUAUCUGCCCAGUCAUCGCAGCUAUAUGGACUUUAUACUGAUGAGCUACAUAUGCUACUACUAUGACAUUGAGAUACCUGGCAUUGCAGCCGGCAUGGACUUUCAUUCGAUGUUUGGCAUGGGCACUAUGCUCCGCAAAACGGGAGCCUUCUUCAUGCGACGCUCCUUUUCGAAUGACGAGCUCUACUGGGACAUCUUCAGGGAGUAUAUGUACGCUCUGGUGGCCAAUUAUCACAUCGGUGUCGAGUUCUUUAUUGAAGGCACUCGCUCGCGCAACUUUAAGGCGCUAGUGCCAAAGGUGGGCCUAUUGUCCAUGGCGCUUCUACCCUAUUUCACCGGUGAGGUGCCAGAUGUGAUGAUUGUCCCGGUCAGUGUCGCCUAUGAGCGUGUGCUCGAGGAGCAACUCUUUGUCUACGAGCUGCUGGGCGUGCCCAAACCCAAAGAGUCCACCAAGGGCUUCUUUAAGGCACUCAAAAUCAUUGACGAGCGUUUUGGUAAAAUGUUUCUGGACUUUGGUGCACCCAUAUCGGCAAAAGAAUUCUUUGGACACCAUAACGGUGAGCGUAUCCAGCGUGCCGGACUCGGUGGCUCGCUACAGAAGCUGAAUCGUCAGGAGAUCGAGCUGGUCAAGCAGCUGGCCAAUGAGAUUAUCUAUCAGCAGCAACGUCGCAUUGUCAUCACCACCUUCAAUAUGCUGAGUCUAUUGUACGCCAGCAAGCUGUACGGACAGCACAGCGUUAAUCUUGACGAACUGGCGCGUGGUGUACUGCAUCUGAAGCGCAUCUUUGAGCAGCUGGGAGCACAUGUUAGCACCAGCACCAACAGCAUCAAGCCGGACAUUAUUGAUGCCGUUGAAAUACAUAAUAAUAUUUUGGAAUUCCGUGUGGGACGACUUCAAUUUACGCCGCUGGCAGCUGAUCAACUGGCGGCCAAGAUCGAUGUGAAGCGCUUAAAGGCACACGCACUCUGUCCAAAAACCAUGGCAGUGGCUGUGCCGAUGAUGGCACUGCAGCUCUAUGUCAAUCCCUGCAUGUUUUGGCUGGCACGACCCGCUUAUUUGCUGCUGGCGGCACUCAAGGAGCAACGUCGUCAGCAUAAUAAUCCUGAGGUGAUCGGUUCUUAUGAGAACACACUGUCCGCUCUGCAUAACCAUGUGAACACCAUGGAUGCACUGUUUCAACACGAGUUUAUUAUUGAAUCGAAUCGUGAGGAGGCAGAAUUUGAAACGUAUCUUCAGCUGCUGUUGGACGAGGAUGCGCUGGAAUUAAACAAGCAGGACGGCAGGAUUACUGUCCAGGAUAAUGAAUGCUUCAGAGUUAUACUUGCCGCACUGGCGCCAUUCCUCUGCCUCUACUAUCAGCUGGCUGUAACGUUGCGACAGAUGGCACCGGAUGGUGAGUUUGGUGGCAAGGAGUUGCUGGUACGGGUGCAACAGCAUGUGGAACAAUUGCUCCAACAGCCCGGCGGUGCAGCGUUACAUGUGCAUCCAUAUUGCCUGGCCCUGGACAAUCUCAAUAUUGCCAUUUAUGCGCUGAUUCAAAGCGGCUUUCUACUCAAAUCCCGUGAGACUGGUCUCAUGCGUGUUGCACCGGCGACAGCGGACAAGUGCCUCCGGCAACUGGAGCUGCAACUGCUCGAGUAUUGCCAACUAAUGCCAUUUGCCCAAUACUCAAUGGCGGCCAAUGAGCAGGCACAUGCGCACAUAGCCAAAUUAUAACUGACAAAUGGCAAGCGGUUGGUUAACGUGCUGCCCACCGCAAUCCCAUUGUUAGCACAGUACAAUUCAUAUGGCAUUAUAUCACACUUCAUUCAAUUCAUUGUCAGCUUGAUCAAGAAUUGUCGCAUCAUUUGCAUUUUGUUUAUUUUUGUACUUGUGGCGCCACUUUGGCAACUGCUACUUUGGUUCAUUGCGUCUACGUGCUUCUCCACGUAGACAUCAGCAAUAUGAAUCGAUCUGAGGGUGGCUUACACAUAUUCGGUGUGGUUUAUUUUAGUCAUUAAUCAAUAUCAAAUAUUGAUAUUUAUGUAUUGCCAUACAAAUGCAAACGCCAAAAAUAGAUGUCAGUCAAUUGCGGUGAUUUGUUCUGUAACAAUUACGAUUUUCUAGUUUAUUAAGCAAGUCCCAACGACUUGUAGUAUUCCCCAAAAGCAAAGUUCACAUUGGGGAAUAUGUUAAAAAAAAAAAACUUGAACUUGGCCCCUACCUUCGAUCCGACUUUCUUUUCAUUCAUAAAUAAAUUAAAUUAAA